AUAUAUAGCUUUUGCAUGAGAACCUGAAACUCGCUCUUCGUCUCUGCUUAAAACACUGAGGUUGGUGAGAUGCCGCAUCGCAUGCACCGUGCUGCCUCUAAUAUUUCGGAGUAUUCAAUAAAAAUCUGAAGAAUCCAAGAACAUUUUGAGGAUUGAUGAUUUAUGGAGAAGAAAUUUCCGUACAUCGUACGCCAAUCGAAAUUUUUCAAUGUCCAAUCAAAGCAACUCAAGAUGAUAUGGUGGGGUAGAGGUCACCAGGUGACCCAGAACGUCGCCAAAGGGAUCAAGGCUGUUUGAUUUCGUCUUCUCAGUUGUUGCAAUUCCGAAAACGGACAUUUGCAACAACUUAUUUCAACGCCACGUUACUGCACGAGUAAGACGAGGUUAAGUUGUCACAGUAUCUACAUCAGCAGCAGCUUUUCGACUAUGAGUUUCUCCUGUUUCGGCACGGCAUUCCCAACGCUUUUCAAGCCAAUGGUUGUUCCGAAUGGUUCAUCCGACAAGGAAAAUGAUGCCGUCUUGACUUGCUUCCAAAAGUUUUUGGAAGCAAAAGCCGAAGAUCAGGAGACAUUCUUGUUUCCUAUGCCGGAAGAUGAAGAAAAUAUCAAAGUUGCUCGUGUGUUGAAAAGCAUGCGUGACCUGUCGGAAUCUUUUUGUGCCUUGCACGGUGGCGGAGUAGUCAAUGGAAGUAGUAUCCGCAGCAGGGAUGGCUUGACGCCUGCUCUGAUUCAUCAGAGUCUGAAACGACUGGAGCCUGGCGGAUAUUGGGGCAUGUGGGUGCUCGCCCAGAACGGUGUCUUGUUGGUUCAUCGCGAUCUCAAGAAAAACGAAGCGCUUGUCUAUGCCUGGGAAGCGCAGGCUCCGAAUCACGAAGUAAUGGGACGUAACGAAUCGGUCCGCCAGAUAUGCCCGCGUACCGCAUCGUCUGUUCCCUGGGAGCGAUUUCUUUGUUCACCGGUGACUGAGUGUUUGUGGGAAUUGGCAGCAACGGACACUCCGGUCAGGGCUAUUCCCAAGUCUUACAAAGCUGGCAGAAAAGUCAACGAAACUCGCGACGUUGUAAACCCUAUGUACCUCAUCGAGUAUUUUCUACCUGCACUUGGAGGCAACGGUAUUCCAGCAAAGACUGUUCGCAGUGUUCACAAAAAGAUGAAGGACGACGUCAUUUAUUCUAACGGCGAGUUACCAUGGCGCCGGGCUCCUCUAUGGGCAGCGCUUAAGAGCCUUUUGCAUGUUGUUUGUGUCACAGAAGCCUCGGAAGUAACUGGGAAGAAUACAAAUGCAUCACUAGAGGUCGUCUAUAAGUUAGUCGUCCAAAAUUUUCUUGCCUUCUGCUUGGACAAUUGUAGUGGACUCUCGGAGUCUGCGACCGUCGAGGGUACUCGGAAAAUUGUCCGACGUUUAGAGAAGAUCGAAGAUUUUUUAAAGAAGAUCGAAGACAUGAGCGAAAGUGUGUGGAAACAGCAUUGGUUUUUCCAAGGAAGUCAUAAUUUCUGUACCAUGGUAGUCAAAAGAAAAAUGAAAGUUUGCAAAGACAAAUGGGCACAAAAAUGUGACACGCCUGUAACGUGUAAAGUGGAUCUUUGCAAGAUCAAACCAGAAAGAGAUAGGUUUCACCAGCUCAAGUCUGCCCUUCCUGUGUUGACGAAGCUGGUUGACCUAAAUGAAGAUUUUUAUCUUUUGAAGAAUAAAAGUGACACAUUCGAACCUACUUGUCGAAAGCUGCUAGCGAGUCAAGAGAUGAGUAGCGCAUUGUUGGAAGCUCACAAAAGCGAAAUCGAAAAAACUUUCAUUAACUGGAAGAAAGAACCCCAAGACAUGAUUGGUCAAUUGACGGACGUUGCUACCAGCAUAUCCAAAUUAUUCAUGGAUAUACGAAACGAUGGAAGCCAAUAUUUCUGUACGAAUAUUGAAGCGGCAGUUUCUCUUGUUGUUCCAUUGAUUGAUCUUUUAGGAUCGUAUACUAAACGUGGAUUGGAAUUCUACGCUUCGGAUUCAAGAGGUUGUGGCGAGAUAGUUACUGUGACUCUGUCGAUGGUCCUUAUCAUCGACAUGCUAGCUUGCAAGCAUUAUCCGAUUCUCAAAGAGCACAAAUUGGGAAUCGAUCCAACGUUUUUGCAGUAUGUCUUCGUACCUACCGUGGCCAGCAAGAAGUUGCUUUGCGAACUCGAGAGGUACAUAAACAGAAGAAACACCGAGUCAUGUUACCCGAGCAGUAUUGAACCGAGGCGAUCGAAAGAAAGCCUAAGCGUUAGAUUUGCUUCACAAGACGCGUUGAUGAGAUCGACGUUGACGAAAAUUCAAGAGAAAUGCAAAGCGAACCAAGAAGCAAAAACAGUGGAACAUGAAUGUCAAAUGGCGUAUCACGACGAUCUGCAGAACCAGAUUCGAAAAGAAGGUUCGUGCUCCUGCUAUUGGGAACACUAUCAAAACAGAAAGUAUCAUCACAAGUGCCGCAAGUGCAAUCUCGAAAAAGAGGCCAAGGAAAUAGAGCUCAGUUUUUACGAGCAGUUACUGCCUCCGGACGAAAUCCAUCAGCUUGCGGUUGUUUUCGAACUUAAGCAGCCCUACCUGCUCGUUGCUCAGAGACGGGCAAUUCUUUUUAUGAGCGAAGAAAUUUGUUGCGACAAAUGGUAUGACGUAACGGAUCGCUAUCUAUGGUCCGAAGAAUCUAGAUUGUUUGAAUGGUCAGACAUAGCAAAUCUUCCCUUCGAGAUUUGUGAACUAGGAUCGACAAGGAAAAAGUUUUCUCAAAGUCAUUACAAUUGUAAAGACCAUGUUACGAGUCAAGUGUCUUUCAUAGUGACUCAUGACUUUAAAACAGAGUUGAUGGGCUCCGGCGGUUUAGCAAAAGACGACUUCCAGUGGAACAUCAAGCCUAAUCUUUUUUCUGUUGAACUCGACGCAAAAUCUCCUUACAAAAAUUUAGAGAAGUUUUUCAAUAUCUUUUCUCAUUGUGAAAAUGAAAUCAUUGCAUUGAAGAGCGAGGCUUCCGAAGAUCUUUCAUUGAUCGAGUUUGAGAAAGCAGGCACGCUACGCCCUGGUGCACGUCACCAGCUAAUACGUUUAUCUUCAAGCUUGGCACAAGGAGACAUCGCUCUUAAGAGGGCAGAAAUAGUUUCUUUGAUUUCUUCUACAAUUUGGCAGGCGGGGCCUCCAUCACAACCGAAUGAGGUUCUCCUAUCCGUCGAUCGAAUUAGAACUAUGGAAACUUUUUAUGUUGGCAUCGACAGCAGUCCGAAAUUCUACAAGACCCAAAAUUUGCUGCGAAUCUCUGCUGUCUUUUGCAAGCCACACUAGACGGUUGCUCGAGCAACUGGGCAAAUCAGGAAAUUUUACUCAAUGUAACUCAUGUUGCAAUGCAUGUUUUUGAACAUAUUCUCGACGGCUGCAUGUUUGACCCUGCAACUGUACCAGAUAUUGUGAACGUUAUCAAGAAAUGCCGACGGAUGGCCAAAAAAUGGAUUGAAAACCUUACGAAUUCUUUUAAUUUGUCGAUAGAAGACACCGAAAAACAGAGAUUGCGAUCAAGAAUUGCUUUUGUCGCUGCUACAGGAUCAUUGACCUUUGGCAACUCGGCUGCCCUUCUCCAUACGAAUGAUGACAUUGCAGUGUGGAUCUAUUUCCGAGCAAUAUUCAAUGCCAAUCAUUCACCCGCCGAGAUGGUACACAAAUCGAACAAUCGGCAACUUUUUCUUCAUGCACAUGCUGUUGCCGAAAUAGUCGAACAGGGUUUACUCUGUCUGCUUGGAACUGACAAUACGGGCUUAACCAAAUUUUUGGAGUUAUAUAAUUUUCCUUCAAACAUUAAUGGAAAUUGGAUACGGCACGAGGCCCGGCGUUGGUUUCAUAUUACAAAUGAUGCGGGUGAUAAAUUACAAGUCGAAAUCACUACUGGUGAUUUUCUUGUUAACGGACUCCCCCCAGAUAAUCUUCCACGAUCGAUCACCUCUCAUGAAAUAUACUCUCGGCUGUUCGGAAGAUCCACAUUUAUGGUGAUAAAGAUUGGGAACUCAGGAUACCGCACCUCGUCAAAGGUGAAUGGUUUUUUCUACGAAUUUUAUCCGCCUCGUCAAGAUAGAUUCGGCGAAGCACCAAUCAUAAUUCAGUGUAAUGAGGCCUUGCGUGCAAUUCUUGUGCCCUGGAAAUUCUUCAAUGGCGACCUACCUGACGGACUGGUGAACGGGUAUAGCCAUUGGUUUAUCCUAGGUUCGCUAAACAACCAAAUCAUCCCAAAUUCUAUCUACUUUCGUCCCACGAGGUAUGGAAUGGAAAUUUCUCCUACACAUACAGAUAUUUGUUCCCAUUUUAUUGAUACCACGUGUUUUAUCUUGGAUUGCAAUCGACGUUCAGUAUUCGAAAGGCGGUCAAACAAAUAUUUCCUAGAUAUAAAGAGUGAGACGUUUUGCGAGUUAUUCUCAACAGUGUUCUCACGGUUGUCGCCCAAGCCCAGAAUACAUAUGUUAGUUUCGA